AUGAUGAAAGAACUUUACUUGGUGUAUGUCUCCCUUUUGGUUUUCCUUUUCUUUACAAAGAGAAUUAGCAGUGAGGAACUCCUCUCCGUAGAUAGAAUCAGGCAUACCAUGCGGCACUACGGCGUGAUGGAUGAAUCCAAGGGAUUCUCGAACUUCGCUUUAUUCUACCUGUACAACGCAUUGCGGUGCACACUAACGCAAGAGGCGUUCGAGUCACAUGAAGAUGAUAAAUACAGGAAGACGAUAUUCCUGGUGAAGAAUAACUUGCUGCGGUUGCAGGAGAGGAAGGCGGAUAGAAACUUGUGGUUGUUCUUCGAAUUAGAUCUCACGGAUUUGUUGUUAUCUGCGGCGGCCGAAAUCGAGGCGAACAUGAGGAACUACGACAUGGGUCUUCUAGAAAUGUACAAUGAGCUGCGGCUGUCUGACUUUACGUUCAACCGCGUGUCCAAUCUGGAGCUAGACAUAUGCACAAAUGCAGUUCUCUCCGUCGAGGAGAUCAGUCUGCACAUGACCAUUGUGCCUUUCUUGUUGGAGGAGGCGGAUAUAAGUACCAAAAUGUACAUGCAGGAAAUACGGCAGGCCCUAUGGAAGACUCUGAACUUUUUUAACUUCUUCACGUUGCAAAUAAGCGAGCACAACAUUACUGUAGCCAAUAUGUACAGAAAGGAGAUAAAUCUAUUCCUGAAAGUGAUGGACAAAUUUGACUUCAUUUCAAUGAACGAAGAAAAUAUCCUGGAAAUGCACGACGAGAUUUAUUUAAAAAAGAGGUAUGGAAAGAAAGUGCUUGGAAAUUUCUUCAUUUUCUUAAAUCUGUUUCCAUUUUAUCAAGUUCUUGAACACUUUGAGUACUUCCACUAUAUAGAAGUAGUACCUAUUUACAUACGAACGAAAAAGGGGACGAUGAAAUCGAGAGGCUACAACAUGGAGAACAUUUUCUACCCCUUAGUCGAAGGGGUCUACAAGCAUGAUUUAAAAAUAAAUGAGGGAAUUAUAUUAAUACGAAUUUUAAAGCAAUACAAUAUAGGAAGUCAUACAAAACAGAUGUACUACUAUGAUUCUGACUUUAUAUAUAAGGCCAUCAUAUAUGAAUCCGUUUUGUCUUCCUCAACAGAAGCCUCCUCUGGUCAAUCUGGUGUCAAAUUUGAAGCUCUGUACUCACAGAAUAUCGAUAUAGCAAAAGGGGUUUUGCCUCCUGAUGAAGACAUUACAUUGAGUCUCAUUCUGCUCGUCGAUGCUGAUACGUAUGUGGAAGUUUUACUGGAACAAAUCCACAAUUUUGUUUUUCCAGAGGAUAUUUCUCUGGCCAAUUUGGAUUCCAACAAAGAGAGAAUCAAAAUAAUGGGUUCUUGCAUAUACACCAAAGAAUCGCAGCCCCCCAUUUUUCAAGGCUUCUUUUCCAGGGGGCUUAGCACCUACAUUUUAUUCAAAAUUUUAGACUUCUUAAAACCAAACAAGAAGCUCCUCUACUUGUCUAUUGAUAAGUCGCAGGAUAACAAGAAUCAAAUAUCUUCGGAGAAAAUUGCUGAGCGCAUUAUGAACGUCACACAGCAGCUGUAUGAGGUCGUCCUUCUCUUUGAGCGAGAUGACAUCAUCAACUUUGACAAGUUGGAACACAGGGACGAAUGCGAUAUGUGCCUUCUGGGUUAUCGGGGGCUGUACACUCUAUACAUGUGUAUUUUCAUCCCCAUUUUGGUAAGCAUCCUUAUUUGCUACUAUAUUUACAAAAAGAAAAUAGGUCCCCAAGGAAGAACACCUGUGCGGAAAAUUACGGUAUUCCCCAACCAGGUGAAGUCAAUUGAGCCAAACAUACUUACGCUACAGUUAUAG